AUGGGUUCGGAACAGGAUCGCUGGAUGAGCUUGGAAUUGUUGUCGAUUACAGGUGGAUCCUUGAGUGGUAUAAGUUCGACGAAUAGUAAAGGUUCCCAUGGGAUUGUUGGGAACACUAAAGACUUCAUCAUCCAAGAUGUCAAGCUGGUUGCCCCUGCAGAAAGCCCAAACACAGAUGGUUUCCACAUUGGCAACUCAACCGGUAUCACUAUCACUAACGCUGAAAUUGGAACGGGUGAUGAUUGCAUCUCCAUUGGAUCGGGUGUCACCAACAUUUCCAUCACCAAUGUCCAAUGUGGACCAGGUCAUGGAAUCAGUUUGGGAAGCCUUGGGAAAUAUCCAAAUGAACAAGAGGUGAGCGGUCUGCUGGUGAAGAACUGUACUUUUACUAACACCGAUAAUGGUGUUCGGAUCAAAACAUGGCCAGGAUGUCCAGAAAACACGGUUUCUGAUGUUAGAUUUGAGGAUAUUGUCGUCACAAAUGUGUCAAACCCCAUCAUCAUCAACCAACAAUAUUGUGACCAGAAAAGCUGCACAUCUGAGCCCUCGCGUGUGAAGCUCACUGACAUUCAUUUCAAGAACAUCAAGGGUACAAGCUUCACCAAGACUGCAAUUACCCUCUCAUGCAGUGAAGGUGUGCCAUGUGAGAACGUAGAGCUCGUUGAUAUCGACUUGAAGCAUAACUUGGCCGAUGGCGUCGCCACUGCGCUCUGUAAAAAUGUGAAAGGUGUUACUUCUGGCGUUCAGAACCCAAGUUCAUGCUUAUGA